AUGGUAACCGUGGAGUGGACCCCAUCUGAAGCCCCAACCGUGGAGUGGACCCAUCUGAAGCCCCCAUGGACCUCUCGCUCCAUGUAUCCCUCAGACCCUGCAGGAGAGGAGGAGAGGAAGAGGAUGAGUGGAGAGCGGAUGGGUCUGACCUGCCUGGACCGAGACAGAGAGGCCUACAUCAGGGAUAAUAAGGAUCCAGUGGACUUCACAAGGAUCCAUCCGUCCAACAGCUGUCACGGUGACAUCACCUCUCACCUCAUGGUGCCGGGUGGGACUUCCCUACAAUCUGGCCAAUUAGGAGACCCCUCUGCACAUGCACACGCCCACUCGGCCCACCACCAUUGGCUGCCGAGCACUGGAAGUCCCUCCAUCUGGAUGACAAGCCACUCCUACGGAAUCGGCCACUCAGCCCUUCACCAGAACCUCGCCCCAGGUUUUUCUGCAGCCAUGCCAGGGUCUCUACAGCCUGUGCUGCCUCUGCCUCAGGACCCGCUCUACCCAGCUGGUGGUGCUACCCACAGAGCCUGCUGCCCACCCUGUCACACAUCACCUGG